GCGAGACACUGACUGGGGCAGCAGGCAGAGAAAUAAUCCUAUGAUUAUAACACAUCAGGAGCGCAAUGUACGCGUGUUAUAGCUGCUGUAUGAUCCGUUAUUAGCACGCUGACGAUUUAUUCACGCGGGACGUUAGGUGCAGUGGCUAGUCCGAGUGGAACGAGGACUAAUACUGAAGACAACAACACUGGCUUCUUGUCUAAACAACUAGCUAGCUAUGUAGCCGCCGAGCUAGUUAGUUAGCUAGCUAGCUAGCUCGAUUUGCAACAUAGCCAUUUACGUAGGUUAGCAAGCUAGCUCAAGCUAAAGUCUCGGGGUCUGCUUGAAAUUGUUUUAAAAUCCUUUUUCGUCCCCUGAACAAUAAGCUAGCAAGCAAAGCGCCGGUCUCCAGUUACACCCUGACCCGAAAAUGGCCACGGAUCCGCUCAUCUGGUUUCUGGUAAAGCCCUGAAGAAAAACAAGACCUUAUCAGCUCCGCUCCUCACUGAACACUAGCUCUUCAUAAUCCUUUUGGUGUAUUCUAAAGUCGAUCAGUAUGCAGACUCUUCUAUGUAUUUAAGUCAGCGCUCACUGCUUUAUUCAGAGUGUGCAAUCGUUUCUAAAGCAGCCCAGUUGUUUCUUAAAUGGGGGGAGACUGUCAUAACUCCUUCGCCGGAUCAUUACGUUUCCUAAUCCUGUGUACAGCUUUACCCCAUGAGCAGAGCGUGCCUUCUCCUGACCCCAUCGUUUUGUGACAGUCUCCUGAUCCUCGAUCAGAAGGCUUUAGUGAUUAAUCUGCAAAUCACAGUGACUCAGUCUGUCAUUUAGUCAGUUAUGAACGGCUCCUUAUUAACCCCGCCCAGCCCACGGGCUGCAGCAAACUCCUCCCCUCUUCCCCCAUCUCCAUCUCCCUCGCCUUCUCCUCCAUCUCCGUCAUUGUUGCCCCUUUCUAUGCGUCCGCCACCUUUACCCCCUCCGGCUUCUGGUCAGCCGCUGUCUUCUCUGUCUGACACACCGACUCCCUCACCUUCUCCCUGCCUUAGCUGGACCGAGUUCUGUGAGCUUCACGCCCGAGUAGCCGCUGGCGAUUUUGCCCGUCACUUCAGGGCCUUUCUCCUGGAGAAUCCACAUUAUUCCCCUGAUUCUGCUGCUGCUUUCUGCCGCCGCUUCACUGACCGAUUUGUUCGACAUUUUGAGAGCGAACUUGAGGGAAGCGGUGCAGUGAGGGAGGGUACAGGGAUUUGGGUCACUCAGUCUGAUGGCACGUCACUGGAGGAAGAAGCGACGUCUCCACCACUUGUGCCACCUGACGCUGCUUCGACCUACCUGCCCAAACAUGGCAGGGCUCCACCCAAGCCACUUUCAGCCCGGCAGGGAUUGGACACUCGAGGUGCGGAUAGAUUUCAGAAUCCUACCGUUUUCCAGGACUCGUAUGCGCAUGCGCAAAUUCUGCCACCUUCUUCUUCUUCGUCUUGUUCGUCUUCUAUGGGCGGGAACAAUGGUCGAAGGGAAGAUAGGGCAUUGACGGUUAAGAAGUAUCCUGGCCACUUGCCUGGUAAUGGAGACCUGGAAGAAGAGGAGGACAGCUGGGUGGGGCCAGUGACAGGAGAGGAGGCGGAGUCAGACGAGCUCGUAGGGAAGGACUGUGAGUCAGAGGGUGGUACUCUCACAGACAGACCUGAUGGCAGCCUGACACCACUAAGCCCUGCUUCUGGAGGACCGCUAAACUCCGGCUCAAAGGGCAGCAUCUCCGGUGCAGGUGGUCACUCCAAAAACAAGCUAAAGAAACGCUUCUCCCUGCGCAAUGUCGGCCGCAGUGUGCGGGGCAGCGUGAGAGGUAUCCUGCACUGGCGGAGCUCUUCUAGUGACUCGCCUCAAAACUGUGGCUCUGCUAAUGCUACACCUCUGCCCUCUAGCUACAGCUACACUAUGGGCCUGCAGGAUGCCAAGAGGAGCGCUCAAGGUGCCCCAACUUCGCUUCCCGUCUCACUUUCUCUGCCCCUCUCACUCCCUCACUCAUCCUCCUCCUCCCUGCCACCGUCGUCCUCCAGCAGCGCCACAUCUCUCUCCCUGUCUGAAGCUCGUGAUCGGAGGAGGAGUAACGGAGAAGGCGAGAAGGAGAAGUGGACCCACAGGCUAGAGAAGCUGCGCCUGUCCCGCUCUCCACCACCAACCCUACAAGCACCUGUGGGACCCACGUCAGCCUUGUUACCCUCUUCCCUACCUUCUAGGAAGACAGGCAGACUUGUACGAGAGGGAGGCGUGAACGUUUGCUCCUCUGCAGAUGAAUUUACUGGCUCUCAUGGCUUUUCAGGCUUCUCUUUCGGGUUGCUCCAUCAUGGCAUGGACAAUACCAAUGCCGUGUCUGGCUCCAGUGCAGACCAAGCAGGUGGAAUGCCUCCUCCGGUCACAGGGGGGACAAUAGCUGGACGGGGCACUCGCUGGCACAAGUGUCGACUGGUUCUGAAGGAGCGAGAAAAGGAAGGAGGCGAGCGAGGAGAGGAGUACUUCCUUGAGUUUUACAUCCCUCCCAAGGCCUCCAAACCCAGACUGACUAUCCCAUGCUGCUGCAUCUUAGACGUCAGGAGCACCACAGCUCUUGAAGUGCCAGACAAAGAAAACACUUUUCUACUGCAGUUGGAAGGACAGGUUCAGUACGUCAUUGAGACCAGAGAUGCUGUUCAGAUGAGAGCCUGGCUGAGUGACAUCAGAAACAGCACCUGUAUGAGUGAGCAAGAGGAUAUCGAGGGAGUGUGUGGUGGAGCACAAACGGACCUCAGUAGCACACCAGAGUUCAGCGAUCGUCUGUCUCAAGUGUGUUACGGCGGGGUGGGUGGUUCUCCAUUGCUGGAACCGCUUCCUCCUGAGUUGCCACCACGUGCCCCUCUAGAUGAACCCGAUGGUCGACUGCUUGGCGGAGGCGGAGCUAGUCUCGGCAUGCCAUUCCCAGAGACGCCCGAUGCCACAGGGUCCUUCCUGUUCUCCGAGGGCUCAGCAGCAGAGCCAGUGGAGCACCCAUUAAGUGAGUGUCAGUGGUUCCACGGCACCUUGUCACGGCUUAAAGCAGCCCAGCUGGUGCUGGCAGGCGGCAUGGCAAGUCAUGGCGUCUUCCUUGUGCGCCAGAGCGAGACGCGGCGUGGGGAGUACGUCCUCACCUUCAACUUCCAGGGCAAAGCGAAGCACCUGCGCCUUUCUCUGAACGAGGAUGGCCAGUGUCGCGUGCAGCAUCUCUGGUUCCAGUCUAUCUUUGACAUGCUGGAGCACUUCCGGGUGCAUCCCAUCCCCCUGGAGUCUGGAGGCGCCUCAGACGUCACCCUCAUCAGCUUUGUGGGAGCCACGGCUGCCCGGCAACCAGGCCGGGACAGGGCAGGCAGCCGGCCCACAGUCUGUGAUGUCAUCACCACGCGCCACCCUGACUCUCCAUCAACCCCCAUCUCUGACUGUGUACUUGACCAGCAGACCCCGUAGCCCCCCUCAGCCCCCGCCUCCCCCCCUCCCGCCAGGGCGCCCACCACCUCCCACGCCACCGCAGGAGCGUGUAAGCGACGUGGAGGCCGUAGGAGGAG